GACACAGAGUUCACAAUAAGAUGGUUCAAUGGUUCAUUCAGACAUUCAUCAUUGACCAAUCACCACCAACUCCAAACAGUUGGAAUCGACGAAACGCAAAGGCAUAUUGACAUUGGCAUGGCUACCUCGCUGUGUACACCCAGCUACAGAGUCACACUGAAACUGUACGGAACAGAUUCCCAUAAGUUAAACGCAAAGCCCUCAGUUCGUUAUAGGCGUCGUUUUGGCACCACCACCAGAAUAUGCUGCACCUCUAAUAAUUACAACGACAACAACAUCCAACGACGACCCCAAUCCGAAGCUAUUCAAGUUUACUCGCAAAUCGAGAGAUUACUUACAGAUUCUGUUAGACAAUCACAGGAUGGUUGGUGGGGUUCCCCAGACUGGAGUGAAGUUGAGGGAGCUUGGAUUCUCAAACCGAAAAGCUCUGAACCCAAUUAUGUAGUGCAUUUUAUCGGAGGUAUAUUUGUUGGAGCUGCUCCUCAGCUUACCUACCGGAGGUUUCUUGAGCGUCUCUCAGAAAAGGGUAUAUUGAUCAUUGCAACGCCAUAUGCUAGUGGGUUUGAUCACUUCCUCAUUGCUGAUGAAGUACAGUUCAAAUUUGAUAGGUGCUAUCGCACACUGCAAGAAACAAUCCAAGACCUUCCUAUUUUUGGUGUUGGCCAUUCUUUGGGGUCGGUGGUCCACCUUCUGAUUGGAUCAAGAUAUGCAGUGCAAAGAUCUGGAAAUGUUCUCAUGGCAUUCAAUAACAAGGAAGCAAGUUCAGCUGUUCCUUUGUUCUCUCCUGUGAUCGUCCCAAUGGCUCAAACCAUUGGUCCACUUCUAUCAGAUAUUUUUUCUUCACCAACUCUAAGAGCUGGGGCAGAGAUGACUUUGAAGCAACUAGAAAACGUUAGCCCUCCAAUUAUGAAGCAGGUUCUUCCUUUAGUUGAGCAGCUCCCUCCCUUGUACAUGGAUUUGGUCAAGGGAAGAGAAGAUUUUUCUCCAAAGCCUGAGGAGACACGUCGACUUAUAAAAUCAUACUAUGGCAUAUCCAGAAAUCUUCUGAUAAAAUUCCAGGAUGAUUUAAUAGAUGAGACUUCAACUCUAGCGCAGGUGCUUAGUUCAGAAUCAGCCAUUAGCUCAGUGCUAGACAUGUCAAUACGAAAGUUGCCUGGAGAUCACGGUCUUCCAUUGCAACAGGCCCUACCAAAUGUUCCGCCAGCAAUGGCCGAUGCAGUUAAUCGUGGAAGUGAGCUUUUGUCAAAUCUUACUGUUGGAACACCGUGGGAGAUAGUUGCGAAAGAAGUAGGAAACUCGCUAGGCAUGGAUUCUGGAGUCCUGCGCGCUGAAGUUUCAAAGGACAUGGAUAUGCUUGUCGAUGUCAUCGCAGCCUGGAUAGCCUCCAAUGCAGGGCCUAAACUUCUUCGGCCCUAAGGUCACGGUUUCAUCUGGUCCUUGUCAGUUAAAGAACACAUGCUGUAGAAAUGUAUAAUAAAUCAAUAUUGGCACCGACACUUCUUUCAUCCUAUCUCGGAGAAUGCCAAUCAUGUGAAUCCAUACAAGUAAAGAAAAUAGAACUCUGACAAUCACCUGAUGCUGUAAAAAUAUGAAUUACAUUGUUACAAAAAAAAAAAAAAUAGUUGUUAUAUAGAAAUUAUUCGUUCCUCAGUGUACUGCCGUUCAGAAUAGCUGUUCCUCUAAUUUUAAAGGCACAAGAGGGUGUUUUUAA